GCGGUCCCUCCGAGCCUUCUCGGCCUCGGCGUGGGGCCAGCAGCCAGCCGGCCCUCGCUGCUGGGGAAGGGGAGCCGCGGCGGAGGGCGGGGACGGAGGCAGCGGCGACAGAGUGCCGCUGCUCGGCGGAGCCUUCGCGUCGGGGUGGGCGCGAGUGGCGAGCGGAGUUUGAAGGUCUCCCGCGCUCUCCGCGCCCCCAGCCCGGGUCCCGGACCUGCCAGCCGGCUCUGCGUCCGCCUCGCGGUGAAACAUUGGGCGAGUGACUUAGCAUCUGUUUGCUUCGGUUUUCUCCUGGCUAAAGAGCGUUAGUGCCUUCCCAGUGGUGUUCUGAGAAUUACAUGAGAUUCGAUAUGAAAGCUAAAAACCAGUGCCUAGUGCAGUAUUGGAUGGGACCGUGAAUUCUGCCAUCAUACGCGGGCCCCCGGUUGUUGGGAAGCCCCUGAGAGCCCGGCGUGGGCUCGGAGCCCCAGCUGCAGCUCCGCUGGCCCUUCACGGAUCUCUGCUGCCGGGCGGGUCCUGGAUUCCUGGACUCUUCCGAGACACUUGUUUAGGAAGGAGAGUUAUCUUCAGCCGGACCCUGGGGAAAGUUCUCUGUGGUUUAUCCCAGAGAAACAGUCGUGAUCACGGCUUCGCAGAGUGCCUGCGGCGUAGCGAGUCCUUAACUGCUCACGAGUAACAGCUGCGUGUCGUUAAUUUAAAUGCAACAGGGUUUCAUAGUCUGCGGUUUUUAUUAGUCAUUGCUUGCCUCGGUGCGUACGGGAGAAGAAACUUCGUUGAGGCUCUUCCAGCUUAACAUGCUAUAGUAAUUACACCUAUUAAAGUGGUGUAAUUGGGGGGAAAUCAAGGCAGUUUAUCAUUAGCUGCAGAACAAAUUGUGUGUGGGACGACCAGCCAGAAACAGACUUUCCUAGGGUAACGUAACUCACGGCCCAGAGCUCUGAAUUCAGCUCUGAAUUCUGGGUUUCUUAAAACAUUCAUUUUCUGGACAGCACGUCUGGAAAGGAAGUUUUAUGAAGCAUAAUAGCAUCUGCUUGUCUGACACUGCAGGAAAUAGGGAAUACUGGCCUUAUUAUGAUUCCUAUUUACAGGUGGCUGGAUUGAGGCGCAGUAAGAACUCGCUCAGGGUUUACACUGCUAGGAAGUAGAAAGCAAUAAGUAGAAAUGCAGAAUUUGAACCCAGGCACUUGGGCCCCUUUAAGUUAUAUUAAGUUAUAUUGCCUGUAUGUCUCUCAUUUUCUCUCCUACCCAGGCUCAGGAAUGCUCUGGAAGCUACCAGAAGCACUUAGGUUAGGGACUGUUCAUGAACGAAGGCAGCUGACUGAGAGGGGGUGGGUCCAGGGGAAGCUGGAAUCAAGCUCCCGUUUUAAGUUCUGUCUGGAGAAAGCAGCACACGGACUAGCCGCUCUCUUAUUAUGACUUUUGCCUCCACAGUUUUGCCUUCCCAGAGCUCUGCCUCUCCCCAGAAGGAAAAGGAGAAAAAUGACCAAGUUCCAGGAGGCGGUGACGUUCAAGGACGUGGCGGUGGUCUUCAGUGAGGAGGAGCUGGGGCUGCUGGACUCCACCCAGAGGAAGCUGUACCGAGACGUGAUGCUGGAGAACUUCAGGAACCUGGUCUCUGUGGGGCAUUCAUCCUCCAAACCAGAUGUGAUAUCCCAGUUGGAGAGAGAAGAAAAGCUUUGCGUGAAGGAGAUCCACAGUGAAAGAGGAGACAGGCAUCAAAAGGAGAUGGAGACUCUUCACGAAGCAGGAAUCAGGUGCCUUUCAUUGGGAGAGCUUUCAUGUUGGCAAAUCAAGAGACAUGUUGUGAGCAAAUUAACCAAAAACCAGGACUCUGUGGUAGAUAUUCAAGGAAAGAGUUCUCAGCUCCCCGACCACUGUGAUUCCCCCCGUCAGGUGGGAGCAGGAAUAUGCAUUCAGGCUUCUGUGGAGGACAGCUGUAUCAUGAAUCUUCUAGAGGAUCAGUCCAAGAUUAUUGAAAAUCAAGAAUUUCUGGCCGGGAGAGCUCAGAAUUCUUGGAGUAAACUAUAUCUCAGUGAAACCCAGAAUUAUCAGAGAAGUUGUCAGCAGACUCAGAUGAAAAACCAACUGUGUAUAUUUGCUCCCUAUGUUAACAUUUUCAGUUGUAUGUCACACCACCGUGGUGACGCCCCACUGCGCAGAAGAGACAAAGCUCACAACAGCGACUGUGCUAAGAUAUCCCCUCUCACGCAGCAGACCUACCACUGUAGUGAGUGUGAGAAGGCAUUCAGUGAUGGCCCCAGUCUCAAAGUUCACCAGCAGGUACACUCGGCAAAGAAGUCCCCCCCUUACGGCGCACAUGAGAAGGACACCGGUUACAGCUCAGCCGCUCCCGUUCAACAAAGCGUUUACACGGGAAAGAAACGCUACUGGUGUCAUGAGUGUGGGAAGGGUUUCAGCCAGAGCUCAAACCUCCAAACUCACCAGCGAGUGCACACAGGGGAGAAGCCCUAUUCGUGCCUUGAGUGUGGGAAGAGCUUUAACCAGACCUCACAUCUUUAUGCCCAUUUGCCUAUCCACACGGGAGAGAAACCCUACCGGUGUGAAAGUUGUGGGAAGGGCUUUAGUCGUAGCACUGAUCUGAAUAUUCAUUGCAGAGUUCACACUGGAGAGAAACCUUACAAGUGUGAGGUGUGCGGGAAGGGCUUCACUCAGAGAUCACAUCUGCAGGCCCACGAGAGAAUCCACACUGGAGAGAAACCGUACAAAUGUGGAGACUGUGGUAAACGCUUUAGUUGUAGCUCCAACCUUCAUACCCAUCAGAGAGUCCACACUGAAGAGAAACCGUACAAGUGUGAUGAAUGUGGGAAGUGCUUCAGUUUGAGCUUUAACCUUCACAGCCAUCAACGCGUCCACACUGGAGAGAAACCGUAUAAGUGUGAGGUGUGUGGGAAGGGUUUUAGUUCAGCCUCAAGUUUCCAGAGCCAUCAGAGAGUUCACACGGGAGAGAAACCAUUUCGAUGCAACGUGUGUGGUAAAGGCUUCAGUCAGAGUUCGUAUUUUCAAGCCCACCAGAGGGUCCACACUGGAGAAAAGCCGUACAAAUGUGAGGAGUGUGGGAAGCGCUUCAACUGGAGCUUGAAUCUUCACAAUCAUCAGAGGGUCCACACAGGAGAGAAACCUUAUAAAUGUGAGGAGUGUGGGAAGGGCUUCAGUCAGGCCUCAAAUCUUCAAGCUCAUCAGAGUGUCCACACUGGGGAGAAGCCAUUCAAGUGCGAAGCCUGUCAGAAGCGAUUCAGUCAGGCCUCACAUCUUCAAGCCCAUCAGAGAGUCCACACCGGCGAGAAACCAUAUAAAUGUGAUACUUGUGGUAAGGCCUUCAGCCAGAGGUCAAAUCUUCAAGUCCAUCAGAUAAUUCACACUGGAGAGAAACCAUUUAAGUGUGAGGAGUGUGGGAAAGAAUUUAGUUGGAGUGCUGGGCUCAGUGCUCAUCAGAGAGUUCACACUGGAGAGAAACCGUAUACAUGUCAGCAGUGUGGUAAAGGCUUCAGUCAGGCCUCACAUUUUCACACACAUCAGAGGGUCCACACUGGGGAAAGGCCAUACAUAUGCGAUGUCUGCUGUAAAGGCUUCAGCCAGAGAUCACAUCUUGUAUACCAUCAAAGAGUCCACACUGGAGGAAAUCUGUAGACACGUGAGAUGUGGUGUAGCCUUCAGAGUUCAUAUCCUCCUCUCCACUGGAAAUUAUAGAAUUGCUGGGAAUUAUGGAAAGUUCCUUCAGAACUCAGAAGCCUCGAGGAAUCUUCCCAUGCAAGUAAGCUCUAUAAAGUGCUGUUUUAAGGACUCAAAUUCUUUACAAACAUCAGAUUUCACAGGUAAGAGAAAACCUAUAAAUACAGUCAAUGUUUAUGUGAGCGUCAGUCAAUGUUUAUGUGAGCGUUCCGAAUGUCCCAAUUUUCAGGAUGCAACGCAAAAUUUCAAAAUUCAUCAUAAGGAAAGAGGCCUUAUCAAUGAAGAUUAGGGGCAGAACUUUAACAGAAGUAUCAUGAUGGACGAAGUAAAAUUAAUGGCAACAGCACUAUAACCUCCGUGUAGGGAGGGCUGUUUUUCACUGCCUUAUCUCUACCACGUAGAAGUGUGCUUGGCUCAUAACAGAUGCCCAGCAAUUACUGAACAAAGCAGAGAAAAUCUAAAAUUAGGACAAGUAUUUGAAAAUUGUACUCCCCCACCCGGGUUUCAUAACAACAUACUCAAAAGGAAUCCUGCAAGUAGCCUUAACGAGAUUAUUUUCAGGAACUGUUCAAGUACAGAAAAUCAUGUCAUGCUGCCAUCCACAGUGAUGCACGUGUGGAUGAAAUUUGUGACUGGCCCCCAUCCUCCAUCUGGCCCCGGUUCUUUGUAGGUCAGCCCUUGUGUACAGUGUACUAUUUAGCGUCAGUAGUUUGUAUUUUAUAGACCGAAAGAUACUGUUUUUAACUAAUAACAUGAUACAAUUUAUAUGCUUGGAAAUUUUGGACCCUAAUUCAUUAAGGUAGGAUUUCACUGCAACUCUUUAAAGUGUUAAAAGUAGUUACUAAUGACAAGAAGUUUUUCAGUAAACUUUAAUUGUUAGUAAUUGGUUUCUUCUCAUUAUUGCCCUUCACGCUUAGGUCAGAUUGCCUUCUCUACGCACAAUCCUCCAUCCAGACCUCUGUAGGCAGGGACGUUGGCAGAUUUCAAGGACAGUAAUUUUGUUACACCCCACCUCCACUUCUCCCCCCCCCCAAGCGGAGGGAAGAGCAAGAAACUGGUUGAGGUUUUUUUUAAAUUUCAUUAAAUGUAACGAUUUAGAUAGAUGGAUUAUCAUUUACACGGCAUUCUGCGUUCAGCACCUCUUGUCAGGAGUGGACAUUAGCUGGUCCAAAGAUAUCAAAAUACCCUCUGACCUGGCAAUCCUAGCACUAGACGCUUUGCUUAGGAGAUGCUAGCAAAAGUGAGAGUGUACGCAAGUAAGUUUUUACUGACUGUUUUUAAAAAGGAAGAAAGUAUUAGCAAAAUAGUGGAAUAAAUUUGUUCUCCUAAUACACAGACACAAUGAAGGAGGACCUGGUCUGUAAGGAUAGAGAAUCGUCAUUCGUGAGAAAGUUAGGUUUGAGCCUUCCCAAUAUAUGUGGCCCAAGUAAUAAUAUGUGUACCCAUGGAUGUGCUUACGUACAAGAGGUAAUUUUAUUUUUUUAAAGAUUUUAUUUGACAGAGAUAGAGACAGCCAGGGAGAGAGGGAACACAAGCAGAGGGAGUGGGAGAGGAAGAAGCAGGCUCCCAGCAGAGGAGCCUGAUACAGGGCUCGAUCCCAGAAUGCCGGGAUCACGCCCUGAGCCGGAGGCAGACGCUUAAUGACUGAGCCACCCAGGCGCCCCUACAAGGAGGUAAUAUUGCCCUGCUACCUGCUUUACUGAGGCAGAGAGGCUUAGGAUGGGUUUAGCUUUUUGAAGAAUUAUCUACAGUGACCAUUGUUUACCAAAACAGUAAAACUAUGAGAAUAAAAUUACACAAGUGAAUAUUCCUUAAUGCUAAAGCUAAUGUAAAUCUAAAGGCUAAAGCUAAGAGUAACGAUCUUAGCAUAGGGUUUAGAACCUCUUACAGACCUGCAUGAAAGGGUGGUCAUUGUGUCAUUGGUAAUAGCACACUUCACAUUCAUCAGUUGGAUCGACAAUUGUGGUUUAUCCAUUCAGGGCAAUACUAUGCAGAAUGCAAUGAAAAAGUAGAUUUAUGGUUACUAACAAACAUUGGUAGAUGCCCAGGAUAUGCAUAGAAAAGUGGCCAGAGACAUAGGGCUUUGGAAGAGAUCUCUACACGUCAAUCUAUAACACCCCCUUUGAAGUCAACCAGAUCACAGUCAUACCUAUAGAUGUGUUAUCUCUGUGUAGGAUAUUCUCACAUGUAUGAGUGUGAUCUCAUUACUUUAAAAGGGGGUAUUAUAGGGGCGCCUGGGUGGCUCAGUCAUUAAGUGUCUGCCUCAGGGCGUGAU